AUGUGUCGUCACUUCCGGCGGAAGAGUCCGUGUUGACAUCCGCAGGCUAACGGCUAUCCAACGGCUACUCUUCAUACUGUCAUUGCCUGUCUGAUAUAAUGGCUGAAUUAGACAUUGGGAAACAUUGUCAGAUCGAUUCCUGCAACCAGAAAGAUUUCCUUCCAUUUGUUUGUGAUUCUUGCAGUGGUGUUUUCUGCCUUGAGCACAGAAGCAGAGAGGCCCAUUCAUGCUCAGAGGAGCCAGUGAAAAGGGAACCACGGACUGAGGGUGGCAGCACAAGUUAUCCAUGCUCAUUUCAAGACUGCAAGGGGAAAGAGUUGUUGCCAGUAAUAUGUCCACAGUGUGAAAAACAUUUCUGUCUGGCCCAUCGUCAUCAAGAUGAUCACAAGUGUGAGAAGUUGGUGGUCCAAAAGCCUCGAAUGGAAGCCACAAAAGAGCUGGUGCAAAAGAUUAUUGAGUCAAAGGAUGGAUCCAAAAGUAAAGGACGCAGAGGAGCAAAGAACAGUGCAACUGCAGCUAAGGUGGCACUAAUGAAACUGAAGCUGCAUGCUGCAGGAGACAAAGGCCUGCCACAGACAGAAAGAACAUAUUUUCAGGUGUAUCUUCCUAAAGAAGCCAAAGAUUCAAGCCAGCCCAUGUUCUUCUGUUCCAAAUGGAGCGUGGGCAAAGUGGUGGAUUACGCCGCGUCUUUAGCAAGCCUCAAGAACAACAACAACGUACUGACAGCAAAGAAGCUGCGAUUAUGUCACCCUCAGACAGGUGAGGCUUUCCGGAUGGACGACACCGUCCUCUCGCUGCUGGCUCACCCAGACAGUCCGCUGUACAACGGGGGAAACGUGAUCCUGGAGUACCUGGACAAUGAGUGCACAGGCCUGGAGGAUGUUUCUGAGUACAUCACACAGUCCUGACCAACCAACACCGCCUACAGUGUGGGCGAUUUGUAUUUCUGUCAAUAAAAUCUUGUAUUGAAAUGUC